CUCUGGCAGUGAACCCAGGGGCACCUCAGCUCGGUUUCAUUUGGAUUUUCGUCUUAGAGGAGAGCUAGUGAGACCAGCGGGAGCAGGUGGACUGGGUGGAUGCUAGGUGGCUUUUGUUUCAGCCCUUAGGGGCUGGGGCUAAAGGCUUUGAAAACCGGCGGGGUAGCUUAGGCUGCCUGUCUCCUCCUGGUCAGAAGCGCUUCCACUUUCAGUUGUGAAAGAGGAAAAAAAAAAAAAAAAACCAGGAAGUGAAGUCCCCAGCACCAGCAUGUCAGAAAGCCGGGCUAUGGCCUGGCUGGGACGGCUCAGGGCAGGGCAUAAGUGCGGACACUAGCCCGGCUGCCUGCCUGCCUGCCUGCAUGGACGCUCUGAAGCCGCCCUGCCCCUGGAGAAGCCCGGGGUGAGGAAGGAAGGAUAGGGGCUCUCCAGCCAGCGAGAAGCCGGAGCCAGGAAGCCCCCCACUCAAGCUCCAAGACAUUCGGCCCCUCACAGGGUCUGAAUUUCCUGUUGGUAUUCACAAAGAUGCUUUUUAUUUUUAACUUCUUGUUUUCCCCACUCCCGACCCCGGCCCUGAUCUGCCUCCUGACGUUCGGAACGGCCAUCUUCCUGUGGCUGAUCAACAGGCCGCAGCCAGUCUUACCUCUCAUUGACUUGGACAACCAGUCUGUGGGGAUUGAGGGAGGAGCCCGGAGGGGUGCUUUCCAGAAGAACAACGACCUAAUCCUUCAUUACUUCUCAGACGCCAAGACAGUGUAUGAAAUUUUCCAAAGAGGACUUGCUGUGUCUGACAAUGGACCUUGCUUGGGAUACAGAAAGCCAAACCAGCCCUACAGAUGGAUAUCCUACAAACAGGUGUCUGAUCGAGCAGAGUACCUGGGUUCCUGUCUUUUGUAUAAAGGGUACAAGCCAUCGCAGGACCAAUUUGUUGGCAUCUUUGCUCAAAAUAGGCCAGAGUGGGUCAUCUCUGAGUUGGCCUGUUACACAUAUUCCAUGGUAGCUGUCCCCCUCUAUGACACUUUGGGAGCAGAAGCCAUCAUAUAUGUCAUCAACAAGGCUGAUAUCCCCGUAGUCAUCUGUGAUACACCCCAAAAAGCAACAAUGCUAAUAGAAAAUGUGGAGAAGGGCCUUACACCAGGCCUGAAGACAGUCAUCCUCAUGGACCCCUUUGAUGACGACCUCAGGAAAAGAGGAGAGAAGUGUGGGGUUGAAGUAUUAUCCCUGUCUGAUGCUGAGAAUCUAGGCAAAGAGAACUUCAAGAAGCCAGUGCCUCCAAACCCAGAAAACCUAAGUGUCAUCUGCUUCACCAGUGGGACCACAGGUGACCCCAAAGGAGCUAUGAUAACCCAUCAAAAUGUUGUUUCAAACAUGGCUGCUUUUCUCAGAUUGCUGGAGCCUAUCUUCCAUCCCACCCCCGAGGAUGUGAGCAUAUCCUACCUUCCCUUGGCUCAUAUGUUUGAGAGGGUUGUUCAGGCUGUCAUAUUUUCCUGUGGAGGCAAAGUUGGGUUCUUCCAAGGAGAUAUCCGGUUGCUACCUGAUGACAUGAAGGCUUUGAAGCCCACAGUGUUUCCCACAGUGCCUCGACUCCUCAACAGGGUGUAUGAUAAGGUACAAAAUGAAGCCAAGACACCCUUGAAGAAGUUCUUGUUGAACCUGGCUAUUAUCAGCAAAUUCAACGAAGUAAAAAAUGGCAUCAUUCGGCGGGACAGUUUGUGGGACAAGCUGGUCUUUUCAAAGAUCCAAGAUGGCCUAGGUGGGAAGGUUCGCCUCAUGAUCACUGGAGCCGCCCCCAUCUCCACACCAGUCUUGACAUUCUUCCGGGCUGCGAUGGGGUGUCCGGUGUUUGAAGCUUAUGGCCAAACAGAAUGCACAGCUGGAUGUACAAUUACAUCACCCGGGGACUGGACAGCAGGUCAUGUUGGGACUCCAGUGGCUUGCAAUUUUGUAAAGCUGGAAGACGUGGCUGACAUGAACUACUUUUCAGUAAACAACGAAGGCGAGAUCUGCAUCAAAGGCAACAAUGUGUUCCAAGGCUACCUGAAGGACCCGGAGAAGACACAGGAAGCACUGGACAAGGAUGGAUGGCUUCACACUGGAGACAUUGGUCGCUGGCUCCCGAAUGGAACUCUGAAAAUCAUUGACCGGAAGAAGAAUAUUUUCAAAUUGGCACAAGGAGAAUACAUUGCUCCAGAGAAGAUAGAAAAUGUUUACACCAGAAGCAGACCAGUAUUGCAAGUUUUUGUCCAUGGGGAGAGCUUACAGUCGUUCCUGGUAGGAGUAGUGGUUCCUGACCCAGACUCACUUCCCUCAUUUGCAGCCAAGAUUGGGGUGAAGGGAUCCUUUGAGGAACUGUGCCAAAACCAAAGUGUAAAGGAAGCCAUUUUACAAGAUUUGCAGAAACUUGGGAAAGAAGGUGGCCUGAAAUCCUUUGAACAGGUCAAAAGCAUCUUUGUCCACCCGGAGCCGUUCUCCAUCGAAAAUGGGCUUUUGACACCGACCCUGAAAGCCAAACGAGUGGAGCUCGCCAGAUUCUUCCAGGCCCAGAUCAAGAGCCUCUAUGAGAGCACCCCGGAGUAGGUUAAGUUUGCUGAGCUGGAAGUUAUGGAGGAAGAAGCAGAAACUUAUGUCCAGUGAACUUUUCCAGUAAAUGAGGCAAGCACUGAGCUACUCUCCGGCACUGCAGGCCCAUCUUCUGUGAAGGAUCGUCGGAUCUUUCUCCCUGGACUCCAAUUCCUGCAGUAUCUUACUGUCAGAUGGCACGUGGUGUCUCUACUUGUAAAUGUCAAAUCUUUGAAAUAAACUAUUGCAGAUAUUGA